UAACUUUCUAUGAUUAGAUCGUGUAAAAUCUAAUCGUAUUUUUUGAGACUUUAAUAAAUAAUUACGAAAAAUGUUUUCGGAAAAAAGAGCUAAAAAUUCUAAACGUCGAAAGGAAUGUAGCAUUUACGUGAAGUGAAGUGAAGUUGAAGUGUUUUGAAAAAGCACAAGUUGUUGUAAUUGAUAAUUCUAUGGAAAUUAUAAAAAUAUAGAGUUAAUUUCAAAACAAUGGACACAUGCCCGGAAAGAUCUUCAGAAGAUGUAAGGAAAAUAAUAAAAACUGCAAAGCUUCAUGAAUCUGAGUUAACUGAAGUUACACAAAUAUUAAGGUUUCCAGAUCCAAGCAAGCAGAAUGAUAACUUGAAACUUAUGCUCUUAGAUGAUAAUCUACUGAAAGAAAUCGAAGGAGGAAAUCAAUUGAUAUUUAAAGGUGACCCUGACGAAAACGCAGUAUUAUGUACAAGUAGUAAAACAUACGAUAUCAAAGAAGCGGAGACCUCAAACAGUCUUUUACUAGUCCCAGAAUUAUUAUUCGCUGCUUCCACAGGCCUCGAUGAAACAAUCGUCAAUAAGUCUGUAGAAGGUGAUUCCGAUUCUUCAUUUGAUAAGUCAAAUACGAGUUUAAAUAAAUCCGCAGAUUCUGACGAUGGGAAGCCGCCUAGAGAGAUAGUCCAUAAAGACAUCAUAAGCACAUUCUUCACAUAUUAUGAAUUAAAGCCCUGUAAACCACGCCUAUCUAAACUAAUCAAACUACUCGAUCCCACUAAAUAUCGUGGUCCAGAAUUAGAAUACGCGGUUGAUAAAUCUAAAUUAUAUAACUAUGAAGCCCUAUUCGAUCAAAUACAAGCAUCCAAGGCAGAAUUGGAUGAGGAAUUGAUUAAAAUACAAGCGAUAAAAAUUGAUGAUCACUAUAGAUUGUUGGAAUUUGAUUACGAAUUCCGUGUUCUAUCACAUAUGCUUGAUUUAAUCGAAGAAAAUUCUUGGCCGUUAGAUAGAAUAUCUAAAGAUGUAACUAUAGACAGUUUAAAAGACCUUGUUCCCGAAAGUAUUUUGGAAGCAAUGUUUGGGUUUUAUUCCAGCGAAUCUGCAGUCGAUGACGGUAUACAAUAUUAUCAAUAUAAACAGGACAAAGUUUGCCAGUUUUUAGCCAGAGUAUUGCUCAAAAGUGCUGGAAAAUUUAAUUUAACGGAAUUUUUGCAAGCUUGGAGGGACUCUGUUCCUGAAGGAAUGACUACAGAUGAAUCUCUGUUAUCUGGCAUAGCUUUGAUAGAUAAAACUACUACGCCUCAAGUGGUCUGGGGUUUUGCAGAAAGUGACCUGCCUGAAGAUAUCAAUCAACGUUUCAAGGUUCUAUUUCAGACGAAAGCUAAGUGGACCGUUGAUGAAAUUUCACCUUACAUUCAAUUAUACGCCACAGAGAAACUAAACGUAAAUGCAUUGCUAACGAAAUAUGCGCGUGCAUCGACUCAAGAUGGAGUUCGUGUGUUCUCAGCUAAACAUAUGAAAUGAUUAAAGAAACUUCUAAAAUUAA